AGCUCAAUAUGAAGUGUAUAGUACUUGUUACAGUGGUUUGUCUAAGCGGCGUUUUGGCUGCAUUCAAUUCCAAUGAUAUCAGGUGCCCACCAGGAUACAACUACCCAGGGGGUAACCAGGUUCGUGCUAAUGGAACUUAUUGCGAUCGGGAAUGCGGCCUGGAAGGAUUAAAGGAAAACUGCCCCAUCAAGACUUUUGCCCCUGUUAACCGUCUUUACUGUAACGAUGGAUAUGCACGUGAUUACAAUUGUGUUUGCGUACCUCUCGGAAAUUGUCCUAGGUGCGCUUAUUAUUACACCAACUGAACAUACCUGAGCACUAAAACAAUCACACAAGAAUGAAACAAAGUCAUUCAAUGAAUCUCA